AUGUUCCCUCACCAGGGUGGCCAAGGCCAGCUUCCCACCCACUGGCAGCCGCCUACCUCGCAGCAGCCUGCGAAUGGCUCUUAUGCGCCGCCUCCCCAUAUGAACACCACGCUUCCUCCUCCACCGCCCCAAGAGCCACGACCCGACAUGGCUCAACAUCCUCAAUAUCAGCACCCGCACCCCCAGCCCUACCGUCUCCCAGGUCCCAAUGAGUGGACGCGUGCUCCUCCUCCACCAGAUCCAUACCGCCAGCAGCCUCCUCCACCACCGCAAUAUGUCCAGCAGCACCACCAGCCGCCAGCUCCUCGCCAGCGCACUGCCAUUGCCUGCCGGUACUGCAGACGCCGCAAGAUUCGAUGCUCGGGCUUCGAGGCGACAGAGGACGGCCGCUGCUCCAACUGCAUGAGGUUCAACCAAGAUUGCAUCUUCACACCCGUUUCCGCACAGACUCAGGCUUUUGUUCCUGCCCACACCGUCUGGCGAGGUGUUGGCCAACCGCCACCCAUGUAUGGCGCCUAUGGCCAGCCUCUUCCUCCUGCUAGCCAUGGUGAGCCCUAUGGCCAGCCGGCGCGUCCGCAGCAAUAUCUGCCCAGCCCAACUGCAGGUCCGUACCAAGCUCAUUCUGAAUAUGGUCCACCAGGUGCUUCACCAGAUGAGGCAAGCCGUGACGCCAUGGCUGGCAGGAAGAGGCUCCACCCAGAGCCUCACACUCCAACCUUGCCUCCGCCACAUCCUGGCUCAGCGUCACAGGCUCCUCAUCGAGGCACAGGACCAGAGUAUGCCUACCCAGAGCCACCAUCUCUAACAUCGGCUGCUCCAACAGCAAACCCACCAACCGCAUAUUCGUCUGGUCCUCCACCCGCCCAACCCUACUACGCCGCACAACCGCCGCGCCAGGGCUCCCCACAGAGCGCUUAUCGCUACGAGCCAAGUCGCAAUUCGUCUUCGCCACAUUCACAAGCGCCCACGACGCCCGGUGCUCCGCCCACACCCUACUACGGCGCUCCUCAAACAAACGGUGUUCUACAGCCUCCACCACCCCGCAGCGAUGGCCGCACGCCACCACCGCCCACAUCGCAAGCUUCGGCAAGGCCGAGCAUGCGUAUUAACGACCUAGUAACCGACAAUGGCCCGGCUCGCAGCUCGACCGACUCGUCCAUGCUCAAUAUGCUCAAUCGCCGACCCAUGUAA